AUGACCAAUGAGGAUACACAUAAAAUUGUGUUGACAGAUAUUCGAAAAUUUAUUUUAGAGCUGAGAAAGGGAGAUGUCAUGGCACCAAUUCAAUAUCAUUUAUUGUUGGAGCAAGAUUAUUUUCAUCGAUCAGCAGUCAAAGAGGCCAAUAAUGUCACAGAUUAUAAGGCCCUAUUUUCGAAAAUUAAUCAUGCUUGGUUUGUAUAUAGAACGGUUGAAGUUUCGAAAAAAGUCAACAAGCAACCUGCCAAAUUGCGUCACUCUCGUUCUCAAUCGUUCAGCAAUAUUGCUGACUCUGGAAAUGUAAAUACUAUGAUUUCUCCCAGAACCCCUUUAUCUGUAAAUAUUAAUAUUCCUCAAGAGAAUUCUAACAAGACGCCUGAAGUUUCUAGAAAUUCAAUAGAUUCAUCGAACUCUCAAGAAAGAUCGAGCACGUCCUCGACAUCGAAUUACCUGGGACUUCCAACAACAGAUAAUGUAACUAUACAAACACCCAACAAGAAAGCUACAACUCAACAAUCAUCGACACCGUCAAGAGUCUCCCACAGACGUACUUAUAGCUCUAACAGUACAUUUAACUAUGAGAUCAUGUAUGAAACAUUUCGAAAAAGUGAACAACAAAUUGAAGACGAAGAAUAUUUACAUAAUGACAACUUUUCAACAGAAAACCAAUCCAGAGCCAUCCAUGUUGCAAUCAUGGGCUCCAAGAAUGUUGGAAAAUCCAUGUUCAUGAUGAAAUUUUCCAAUCGAAAUUGCGAUGAAUUUUUUGAACCCAAAAAUCCAGAAGAUGAAUUUAUUUGUGUUGACACGGAACGAUACACUAUCGAUAUGUACGACACCGUAGGACAAGAAAUAUCAGAAUCGUUAAUCGACUACAAUAUUCGACAUUUUGAUUUAUUUAUUUUACUUUUUGAUCUGACUCAAGUAGAUGAGUCGUUGGAAUAUGUCCAACAAGUGAUUCAACAUAUUCUACGAAAGAAAAACUACAUUGAAAUUUCACAAAUACCAAUCAUCAUUUGUGGCAACAAGAUGGAUGCUCUUACAGAUACCGCUGAACAUAUUUUAAUUAAGGAAAGAGUUGACAGGAUUAUUCGAAGAAAUUUUUCAUCGAGUAUUGUGCCUCCUAUCUAUGUUGAAAUUAGCAGUAUGGAAGGAACCAACAUUUCCAACAAGGUCUUGGAACGUCUCAUCGCUCAACAAUACCAUGCUUGUCACAAAUUUUCACGAGUUGCCAACACCAUCGAUUGGAACAAUUUUAUUCGAUAUGUUUUCAAUUUUGGAGAUUCUCUUCAUUUUAACACAAGUUCGAACAAGGAGAAGUGUUUGGUCAUGUAG